GCACUGGGCAUCAGCUGUGCAGAUGUGACAGCGGCUCUCAAAUUGCGCAUCAACUUCCGUUUCUUUUCACUUUUGACCAGCAAGAUGAAAAUUGGCUUGUGUGCAUUCAGUGGGUACAAAAUCUACCCCGGCCAUGGCAAGACCAUGGUCAAAGUCGAUGGCAAGACCUUCACCUUUCUGGACAAGAAGUGCGAGCGCUCCUACCUGAUGAAGCGUAAUCCCCGCAAAGUCACCUGGACUGUGCUGUACCGCCGUAAGCACCGUAAGGGUAUUGAGGAGGAGGCGUCCAAGAAGCGUACUCGCCGCACACAGAAAUUCCAGCGCGCCAUCGUCGGUGCCUCGCUUGCCGAGAUUAUGGCUAAGCGCAACAUGAAACCCGAGGUGCGAAAGGCCCAACGGGAUCAGGCCAUCAAGGUAGCCAAGGAGCAGAAGCGCGCCGCUAAGGCAGCCAAGAAGGCCGCCGCGCCAGCACCCGCCAAGAAAUCAGCGCCCAAGCAGAAGGCCACCAAGGUAACGCAGAAGUCGGCCCCUCGCGUCGGUGGCAAGCGGUAAACAACAAUAAAAUGUAGAAGAAAAACCACUGGUUGCUGGAUUGUGCAAGUGAAGUGCAACGCGGAUUUUACAUCAAAAAUGAUUUAAGAAAAAAAUUUAGUGAAACGCUAAUUAAAAAACAAAAGCUACAAAUGCACAUUUGUAGCGGUAAAAAAAACGGCAUCGCGUAUUUUUUGUUUGGACAAAAAGUGAAACGAAAAUGCGAGGGAAAAAGCGAACGAUAAUAAAAUAACUUUAUAGAAGACAAAACGUAGAUGAAAUCGAAA